UCGGCAACUUAAAUAGAAUUACUAUUAAGAUAUAAUGAAUUAAAUUAAUUUUUCAAUAGGUUAAAAAUUAAAAAUAUUUAAGUACUAAAUCACCAGUUAGUUACAAUAAAAAUUUUCUUACCAGAAAUUCUUUAUCAUUUACUCAAUAAAUAUUUCACAAUAUUAAAUAUUUGUUCUUUGAAAAUGACAAGAUAGAAGUAUAUAAAGUUUCAAAAUGAAAAACAUAAUAAUUUUUACGUUCUUAUUUAGUCUAUUGUGUUUCACCAACUGUGACGAGCACAAUCAUUUGUAUGAUGAUAAUGAAGAAGUAGUUCUAUGGAUGAAUACUGUUGGUCCAUACCAUAAUCGACAAGAAACAUAUACUUACUUUAGUUUACCAUUUUGUUCUGGCACAAAAGAAUCUAUUAGUCAUUAUCAUGAAACUCUUGGUGAAGCUUUGCAAGGUGUUGAACUUGUAUAUAGUGGACUUGACAUACGUUUCAAAGAAGAUGAAUCUAAAACCCCAUACUGUCAAGUAGUUUUAGAUGAUUCGAAGCUUAAGGCAUUUUUGUAUGCAGUUAAGAAUCAUUACUGGUAUCAGAUGUAUAUUGAUGAUCUUCCAAUUUGGGGGAUAGUUGGUGAAAUUGAUGAAACAAACAAUAAAUAUUAUAUUUGGACACACAAGAAAUUUGAUAUAGGUUACAAUGGAAAAUACAUUGUUGAUGUAAAUCUUACAUCUGAAGCAAAAGUUGAAUUAAAGGUUGAUACAAACAUCGAAUUUACAUAUGAAGUUAAUUGGAAGCAGUCAUCUGUAACAUUUAAAGAUCGAUUCAACAAAUUUUUAGAUCCAAAAUUCUUUCAACACAGAAUACAUUGGUUCAGUAUAUUCAAUAGUUUUAUGAUGGUUAUAUUCUUAGUUGGUUUAGUUUCAAUGAUUCUUUUAAGAACAGUGCGUAAAGAUUAUGCUCGCUAUAGUCAGGAUGAAGAAGUAGACAUUAUGGAGAAAGAUUUAGGAGAUGAAUAUGGAUGGAAACAAGUUCAUGGUGAUGUUUUCCGCCCAGUUUCUUAUCCUAUGUUAUUUUCAGCUAUAAUUGGAUGUGGACAUCAUAUUACUGUUGUUACUCUUCUUGUAAUUAUUUUCACUAUUAUAGGAGAUUUGUAUACCGAGAGAGGUUCACUAUUAGGUACAUCAAUAUUUGUUUAUGCUGUAACAUCACCAGUAAAUGGAUAUUUUGGUGGAGCACUUUAUGCCAAAAUGGGAGGAAGAAUUUGGAUUAGGCAGAUGUUAUUAUCUGCAUUUUUAAUACCAUUUCUAGUAUGUGGUAUGGCAUUUCUUAUAAAUUUUAUUGCUAUUUACUAUCAUGCAACUCGGGCCAUACCAUUUGGCUCAAUGGUUGCUAUAACUUGCAUAUGUGUGUUUGUGAUAUUGCCUCUUACACUAGUUGGAACUUUACUUGGACGAAAUUUAUCUGGACAACCAGAUUAUCCUUGCAGAGUUAAUGCUGUUCCAAGACCCAUACCUGAAAAAAAGUGGUUUAUGGAGCCAUUAAUAAUUACAUUACUUGGAGGAAUUCUACCUUUUGGAUCAAUAUUUAUUGAGAUGUACUUUAUUUUCACAUCAUUUUGGGCAUACAAAAUUUAUUAUGUUUAUGGAUUUAUGUUACUUGUUGUUUUGAUACUCAUGGUAGUCACUGUUUGUGUAACAAUUGUUUGUACUUAUUUUCUACUGAAUGCUGAAGAUUACAGAUGGCAAUGGACUAGUUUUGCUGCUGCAGCAUCUACAUCAUUUUAUGUUUAUUUAUAUUCAUUUUACUACUUUUUGUUCAAAACUAAGAUGUAUGGUCUCUUUCAAACAGCAUUCUAUUUUGGGUAUAUGGCAUUAUUCAGCAUAGCAUUAGGAAUUAUGUGCGGAACAAUUGGAUAUAUAGGAGCUAAUGCCUUUGUUCGUAAAAUUUAUACUACUGUCAAAAUUGAUUGAAUUCAUAGAAAUGCUCAUUAUAUUAACAAUUACUAUGUCAAAAUAUUGAUAAGGAACUGUAUAAACAUAAGUUUUCACAACAUAUCUUGAUAAUGUGUCUAAGUAUAAUUGUUGUUCUAUAAAAUUAUUAUAUCAUACUCUUGAAGUUAAAAAUUA